UAUCAAUAUCAAUAUCGAAAGAUCUUGAAAAAAAUAAUCUUGAAUUGGUCAUCUCAUUCUGUUGGCUGUUUAAUUUAAUUGGUCGGUUUCUUUAAACCAAUUGUUUAAAAUGUCUGAAUUUGAUUUUGACGAUGACGAAAGCAAUGAUAGGCAAGAUGGAGGAGACCAUGACUCUGAUGAAGAUACCGAAGAUGCUUCAGAAACCGAAGUUGUUGCAGACAUGGAAAGAUAUGACGGCGAUUAUUUGGAAAUCAAAGAACAGUCAGAUAUCCUCAAUAGGAUGUACCAAGAUAAGUUAUCUAGUCUCAAAGAGCAACUGAGACAAUUAGAUGAUGGAGUGCAUCCUGAUUAUGUUAAAAGACUUAAAAAAUAUGAACAAGAGUAUCAAGAUCGAUUAAUUUUAAAUGAAGCUUAUUUGGCUUACGAGACUGAAAGGAUAGAGAAGGAAUUCAUCCAUGAAAAAAAGGCAGCUCUCAGAGAAUUUGAAGAACGUAAGGUUGAACUUAAGGAAAGUUUAAUUGCUGAUUUGGAGGAGAAAAAGAAAAUUGCCGAAUCUGAAAGACUCACUUUAGAACUGAACUCAGAUUCCAUUGAAACCAAAGCUACGACUACCAGAAAACUGCGAAGAAGGCCAAAUGAUCCUGCUCCAGUACCAGAGAAAAGAAAACGAGGUUCACCAGCGCAGCUAAAUUAUCUCUUAGAUGAAAGAGACAUCAAUGACGAUUUAAAAGCUUUAACACGAGCUAGCAGUGUCAAAUAUGUUAACGAUAACCCAUCAGAUUCAGAUUCAUCUACACAUACUGUAGAUGUACGAGUGGAAGAUGGUAAAUUAUUUUUUGAAAGAAAAUGGUUCCAUCGAGGACAAUUCGUUUGUGUUAAAACGCAAGAAAACGUUGAAACCAAUGGAACCCUAGCUUCUAUUGCAUUUUCAGAGAUCUGGAUCAAAAAAGCGGACAACACAAAAUUUCGUAUUUCCCUGUCAUCCUUACAGAGGGGACGCUACUCGAUUCACAAAAGAGCUACAUAAAAAAUCUCAAAUUUAAGAGUGUUUUUUAUGUAUCUAAAGAUUAAUUUACCAAAGUUUAUAGCAAGGCAAUAAAAUACUUUUGUAUAAAACAAUCUGUGUUUCUCGGCAAUGUCAUAGAUUUCAAUAUAAACAGUUUUGCUGAUUGCUACUACAUUGUACAACUACUAUUGUAUUUUCGCAUUGUAUUUAUAAACAAACAAUUAGUCAGUAA